AUGCUUGUUGAUGAACCAGAUGAAGAUGAACCUAAAGCUGAAGCUGAAACUGAAGCACAAGGUAAUGUUGAAGGAGAUCAAGUUAGUUUGACUCCUGAGUCUGCAAAGUUGUUAAAAGCUAUCAAUAAAGAUCUAGCAGCCGGUGAUGAAGGUGAUGAUAGUGAUAAAAGCUCUUCAAGUUCGUCUGAUGAAGAGAUUGAUGAAAUAGAACGUGCGAAAAGAAUUCAAGCUGAAAUUGAGAAAGAAAAGCAGCUUAAAAGAAAUAGGAGAGAGGAGAAGGAUGAUGAUGUGUACAUUCCGUCUCCUGAACAUGUGAUAGAAUCUCAAACACCUCCAUCAUCUAGUGGGAGGAAGAAACAAUCAGCAAGAAAGAAAGUUGCUACUCCAAGAGCAAAGGGUUUGAAAAUUUUGUUAAAGAAGAAACCAGUUCAAAAACCAAGUAUUACUGUUGAAGAAAUUGGAGAUUUUAACUUUGCGAAUAAUGCACAAGUGAAAAAGUUAGAAAAGAAAGUUGAAGAGGUUUUGGUUGAGAAUAUGAGGUUGGCAGAUCGUGAAAAGAUACUUGAGAUGCAUGUCAAGAAGGUUGAAUCUGAGAAUAAGUCAAUGCUAAAGAAAGUCGAAGCUGAUCAGACCGAGAUAGAUAUAAUGAAAGUGAAAAUUGCUGAGUUAGAAGAAGAGAAAGCACGCAAAGAUGAACAGAAUAAAUACUUUGAGUUGAAAAACAAAGAAUUGGAAGCUGCCAAAGCUAUGAAAGAACAUGAGAUUUAUAUGAUGAAUAAAGUGCUAGAAAAUAUGCUUGGAAAGUCUGUAGAGCAUAGGUUUGAAGAGAUAGAAGUAGAAGAGGUUAGAGCGAAACGUCAAGCUGAAAUUGAUGCUGAAAUGAAGUUUAAAGGCAAAGGUGCUGAAGGUUCUGAGGUUACAGAAAGAUCAAUUGUUCCAUCCACUGUACUUGAAUCUCCUAUUCAGAAUCCUCGUCCUAUAUCUGUUGUGUCAGCUAUCUUUGAGGAAGAUGUGUUACUAGAAGAUGUUAUUAAUGAUGAAGUAGAUGAUGAAGAGGAUGAUGACGAAGAGGAUGAUGAUGAAGAUAAAGUUGAUGAUGCAGAUGAUGUAUUUUCUGCGAGUAGUCAUAGUGACGAUGGUAAUGAUGAUGACGAUGAUCAAGGCGGUGUUGGUAUUAAAGUCACUGAAGCGUCAAAUGAAUAG